AAAUUACCCUCGUAUUCAAAUAGCGACGACUCGUAACAUCAGUUAGAUAGCUCAUAUACUCACGACACUAUGGCCGAUAAUACCGACGACUACUCCUACGACUACGAGUACUUGUACAAGAUCGUCUUGAUCGGCGACUCUGGCGUAGGAAAGUCCAACUUAUUGUCACGUUUCACCCGUGACGAGUUCAACUUGGAAUCCCGUUCUACUAUUGGAGUCGAAUUUGCCACAAGAACGUUGGAAAUCGACGGUAAACGAGUCAAGGCCCAGAUUUGGGACACGGCUGGACAAGAGAGAUACAGAGCCAUCACUUCAGCCUACUAUAGAGGUGCUGUUGGAGCCCUUAUUGUGUACGACAUCGCCAAAACCGAAACAUACGAGUCAGUUUCCAGAUGGUUGAAGGAGUUGAAAGAACAUGCGGACGCCAACAUCGUCAUCGAACUCGUAGGGAACAAGUCAGACUUGGACCACUUGCGAGCUGUUCCUACAGAGGAAGCAAGAAACUUUGCCAACGAGAACAAUUUGCUUUUCACUGAGGCAUCUGCAUUGAGUUCCGACAACGUCGACUUGUCGUUUCACCAGUUAUUGAAGAACAUCUACGAGAUGAUCUCCAAGCACCAGUUGGACACUAACGACGGUGGCUCCAACAAGCCUACGACCGGCGGUCCUACCAUCUCGUUGACUCCUGCUCCACAGGAAAAGAGGAGUAAGAAUAACUCCAACUGUUGUUAGACAGACUGUUAGACAGAAAUCACUGUUAACGAUCUGUUAGACAGAAUACUGUUAGACAGACUACUCAACUGUUGUUAGACACAGCAGCGUAGAAUAGCACAAAUAAACAAGCAAGAUUUGUAAUUCAAUGGCUGUGUUGACCUUAGAUUCUGGUGUUGUAAUUUAGUAAUACAUAUAUUUAACUAUGGUACAUAAUAGUAUAAAUCAUAAGAUCU